GGCCGAGCGAGGCUGGGCCCUGCGGAGGCGCCGGCGGGUCCCGACCGAGUCCCCCGGGCAGCGCCCGCUGCCCCCGCCGGCCGUAGCGCUCGUCGCUGGGGGUGCCGCCCGGCCGGGCGGGGGCGAAGGGCCGGACUGUGCGCGAUUUCUCUGCGUCAAAAUUUCACCGGGGUGAAAGUGCAUCAGUUGUGAUUGUGUUCUUCUUGUGCAGUACUUUGCAGAGGAAUGCAAGCUUCAAAGACUGAAAACAGAAGAAAAGCAGAACCAUUCUACUGGCUGUCAGUGGCAAAGCCUAGGACCAGUUCUGAGAUUGUAAAUGAAGCCAGAGAUGCUCUACAAACAGUAAAAACUCCAAGACCAUUCACACCUACAGAUGAGCAAAGGAAACUUUCUGGGUCUCAAUCCUCACGCUGUCCUCAAAAUAGACGCCCUGUACUUUUUAGUCUUGAUACAUCCAGUUCUGAUUCAUCUGAAUCAAGACCAAAUUCUGGUGUUCGUCUAAGUCCACUGACUCAUAAACCAGUAGUAAUAAUUUCUGAAAAAAAAGAUGAAGUUUCUUCUGUUUUCCAUCCAACACCUCCUGCUGAUACUGCAGAGCUUAGAAAAGUCAGCAAAGCUUGCAAAGGCUUAUUUAGAGCAACUUCUCUGAAAGAUUUAUUUUCUGCUAAGGUGGUUCCUCUGGAUCAGAAUGAAAUGAAACUUGAUUUUGAAGAGCCAACGAUGAUGAUGAAUAGUCUUGACAGAAGUAAUAAUAACUGCUUAGCAGAACAAAAGUUGUACACAUCAUUUAAUGAUGAGAGUAGACAAUUAAUUUGUAAUGAACAUACCAGCAGAUCAGGAAGUGAAGUCUCCAUGGAAGGGACACCAGGAAACUUUUCACUUCAGCUGCAAGGAGAAAGGUCAGCAUUGGUCAAUGAUCAGAUAGAAGAGCCUGGCAAAAAGUCAUCACAGCUGAGGACUUCAGGCCAGAAGAGAAGAGUAACAGACUUAAAGGAUGAAACAAGAAUAAAUGAAUGGGAAGAGGAAGAUUUCUUUUGGCAUACAAGGAUUCUACCAAUUCUGCGUGAACUGGAAAAAAGAGAAGACAAUAUAGAACACCUUUGUCUAGCUUGUACCAAGCUCCAUCAGGCAUUGGGUGAUGGAAAUAUGCUUGGAAAGAGAUUUAAAAGAAGAAACAUCCUUCUGAAGACGUUAUAUAAACUUGUAGACAUUGAUUCAGAUCCACUUUCCCUGAAGCUGGCAAAGAUUAUUCUGGCUAUGAAAGUAGAUGGAAAAAAUCUUGUUAGUGUUUGCAAGCUAGCAUUUAAAAUUUGUAGGAAUGAAAACAAUUAUUUCAUCAUUCAAAAUGAUACAUUGUUGGAUUAUUUGUUGCAGGUUCUGUGGAAUGAAGAUCUACAAAAAAACCAUGAAGCUCUUAUCUAUUGCAUGGCAGCUCUAAAAGUCAUGUCUGAAAAGGAAGCACUCCGUUUAAAAAUGGUCAGCAAAGGAGCUAUUGAAAUGUUUCUGGAAUUAAUGAAGCAGAUUAAUAACAUAAAAGAACAUGACACAUAUUUCUCCAAGCUGGGCCUCUUAUUAGUCCAGCUGACGGCCACUCUGCGCAUCCUGGCCAGCUGCGCCCAGGCGCGCCGCCAGCUCAGCCCCAGCGCUGCCGUCCCCCAGCUCUGCGUGGCGCUGGAGCAGCGCAGCGGCGACAAGGACCUGUGCAUCUGGAUUGUCAGCGUCCUCAGCAAACUUUCUACCUACAAUGACUUCUGUGCAGCUUUAGCAGACUGCUCCAGAUGUUACAUUGUAUUUUUAGCCCUGCUAAACAAAUACCAGAAGCAGCAGGAUUUGGUUAUCCGUAUCAUCUUCAUUCUUGGGAAUUUAACAGCAAGGAAUGACCAGUCCCGGGAGCAAUUUUUUAAAGAAAAAGGAAGUGUUAACACCUUGACAUCAUUAUUCCAAACCUACUAUGAACUUGAUUUGAAUGCACCGACAUGGCACCAUGAUAGAAAAGGAAAAAGCCAACCAAAGUAUCCUUCAGAAGCAGAAGAUGUUCUGAUAAAACUGAUCAGAGUGCUGGCCAACCUCUCCAUUCACCCUAGAGUAGGUGCAGCUCUGGCAGCUGCCCAUCCUCUUGUAGGAUUACUUGUUACAGUACUAGAAUACAAGUCAGUCGAUGAUUGUGAAGAGUUGGUCAUCAAUGCUGCAACAGCAAUCAACAAUUUGUCCUACUACCAAGUGGAGAAUUCUGCAGUUCAGGAGAAGCAGCUACACAUUGCUGAAAUGCUUUUAACGCUGUUAAUGAGUGACAAUAUGGAUGCAGUUGUGGAGGCUGUCAGAGUCUUUGGCAAUCUUUCCCAGCAUCAUGAGAUCCGUGACUUCAUCAUGCAGAAAAAGAUAUACAAGUUUGUGAUUGCUUUGCUCGAUUCCAAGGACCGAGAGGUCUGUUUUCCUGCCUGUGGAGUUCUGCUCAAUCUCACAGUAGAUGAGAACAAACGAGCUUUUCUCAUGGAAGAAGGAGGAAUUGGAAAGUUGAUUGACUGCUUACAAGACUUUGGGCCAGCAGACUGGCAGCUCUCGUGUUUGAUCUGCAAAACCCUGUGGAACUACAGCGAGAACGUGGCAAGCACAGCUUCCUGCUUUGGAGGGAGCACCAACACCCUGCUGAUGCUGCUCACAGCACUUCUGGAUGAAGAGGUAGAGUUGGAGUGCAGCCUUGACAAAGAUAUAAAGGACUGCCAAAGAGUAUAUUGGGAAAGAGAGUUCAAACCCGUGGCAGCAAAACUUCUUGACAGAAUUCAAAGCCAUCACUCUUCCAGCUGAGUCUGUCACUCCAUUUUAAUCAGUCGGGGUGUUUUUAUCAGCUGAAGUUGAAGGGAAGAUAAAUGGUUUCAAUGUCCCAUUUGUUUCUGGGAGAGAAGAAUGGAUUUGCUUUGAGAGAGUAUUAAAGAAAGGAUGCUGGGUAAGUAGUCCCUGUGGGGAAGAAGCUGGAGGCAUUUGUUCCUGGCAUUUGUGUCACAGCAAGGCAGGCAAACAUCCGGCUGUGCAGGGCAGGGUGGGGGCACUGGAAAAGGCCCCUGUGGCUAAGCCCUGUUAGCAGGACUAAUCAGAAUUGACAAGGGCUGAGUCUCUGUCAGGAGGCAGCUGAUGCUGAUGGCUGGCUCAAGUCAAGGUGGUGUUUGGGCAAUUAAGAUUUGUUCAAAUACAACACUAAUUAUGUCAGUUCCUGCUAAUCAAACUGUAACCAGGAGCCUGAAGUGCUGUGUCUGCAGCUGGGCAGAGCUGGGGAUCCUGGGGCAGCCACCAUGUGUGAGCUCUGGCCUUUGCACAGGAAGAGGCACAUUCACAGAGCUGGAUUGAGAAGAGAGGGUGGCACAGGACUCUUGAGCACCCCGCCUGUCUCGCUGUACCAGCCUCUGUCCUUCUCUGAAGAACCACCUGUGAGUAGUAAGAAGCAGCCCCAGAAUGCUGGAUUUCAGGUGUGUUCUUAUGGCAUUGUUUACCAUUUGGGUAUCUCUGCCACAGACCUGAGUGCAGCAGCUCUCUGGUGUCCAGGAGCCCAUUCCUGUUCUCCCUUGGGAAGAGCUGCCAGCACCACAGCUGAGAGGCUGCUGCACUUCACAGCCACGGGCUGGGGCUCUCCUGGAGCUGCCCAGGAGUACUGGGCAGAGAGCUGGGAUUGCCUGCAGGUUGUGGCUUCUGCUCUGAUGGCAGCUGUGACCAGAUGAAGCCACUCACACACAGAUCCACUGCAGUGUUUACUGCUUGAAAAGUGAAAGGCACUUGGAUGUGGCUGGAGAGCAUAGGAUGGAAAUGGCCAGUUUAGGUUUCUUGGAGAAAUUCAGGUCUACCUUUGACCUCAGAAAGCACCUGGAGACUCAAGCGCUGCAGGAACUGUUCACAGACUGGAAAGGCACAGCUCAGCUGUACAAUGCCCUUAAGACAGGAAAGUUUUGCUCUGUUUUUGGAACAUUAAAAAUCCUGUAUUUUCAGUUAAGAGGAAGCACCAGAUGCUUCCUGUUAGUCACAAUUUUUGACAGUUUAUUAAUCUUUCUCCCCUAGAUCUUUUUAGAUAUUUUAGCUUCUUGGACUGUAAACUUAAAACUGUUCUCAGAAGGUUCUGUAGAAAAAGAAACCAGUCUGAGCUGAGACCUAGGCCAGAGGACAGAAAUUAAACUGCUUAUGGGCUUGGGAAAAUCCAUUUCAUGGAAUCACAGAAAAUCAUAGAAUCAUCUGAGUUGGAAAGGACCCAUCAGCACAAUCGAGUCCCACUCCUGGCCCUGCACCAGACACCCCAAGAAUCACACCUUGUGCCUGAGAUAGCUUGGUCCAAAUGGGUGAAAAUAUCAGCAGUACAGAAGAGGUGUUCCCACUGCAGUUAGUGAAGCUCUAGCUCUGUUUUUAAACUUUUCCUCCCACCAUUUCAGACUCACUUAAAAAAAUUCAUGGCUCAUGAUUUUAACUGUUUGCUCAGUUACUGUUUCAAACAUUUUAAAUGGUCUUACAACCAGUAAGAACAGAAGCUUAAAGUUAAACCACACAGAAACGCCAAGAGAAAAAGUUGUUACCUUUA